UUGUAGAAUCUUGUUCUUCUGUCUCUUGCAUCAAGGCAUUUUGGGCCGUGCUAUCUAUCUAUCUAUUCCAAACAUUAAGACGCAACGACUCUGCGCUCUAUACUCACAACUUUGGCUUGCGUUGACGUGUGCUUGCAAAGCCAUCUUAGCAAGAGGUCGAUGGUGCGUGAUGCUAAGAGAUUUAGCCAGAAUCAGGGAAGAGACUAUGGGCUUAAGAUGGGGGAAACAAGAUUGGACGACGAAGCGAGGUUUGGAAGCACGACCAGGAAGUCAUCUUGGCAUGCUCCCAAGAGCAGCUUCCCAGGAUGCAGGCACCCUACUCCAUUUUGUAGACGUACCAGCGGACUGUGUGAGUUGCUUUACAGCUCAUUUUGUCUUCUGCAAUCUCUCAUUCAUAUACCGAAUACUAUGGAGCCUGUCAAUUAGACCAACCAUCUCUGCUGCCUAUAACUGGCUCUCAAGGGCUUUUCAAUUAGCUA